AUGCAGUCAUUAGAUACAGGAUUUUUUGGCCCACUGAAAAAAGCUUACGCUACAGCUUGCGACAACUGGCAAGUUUCUCAUCCUGGUCAAGCUAUCACACAGUUUCAGGUUGUCCAACUAUUUGGAACAGCAUAUUUAAACGUUGCUAAAAUGGAAAGAGCUAAAAAAGCUUUUGAAUCCUGUGGUAUCUGGCCUUUUAACGACCAAGUGUUUACAGAUGAAGAUUUUUCCCCAUCGGAAGUAACCGAUCAUCCAUUUCCACUAACUGAAUCGCGAGAAAACGAACAAACGUCAACUCAGGCUGAGUCACAAAUGCCAUCUGUUGUUACAGAAACUGUAGGCACAGGAGACAGUUUAGACUUAGCUGCUCAACCAUCAAAUUGUCAUCUAGCUGAAACUGCAAACAAAUGCUGUGUUGGUUCACUUGCACUAGGUUUAUCUGCUCAACCAUCACAUUGUGAUCUAGCUGAAGCUUCAAAAGAAGGCUGCGACAGUUCUGCUCUACUUUCACAAUCUAAAGAUGCUGCGCCAAUCAAUGAACCUAUAAGAGAUAUUACUAAUAAAUCCACAGCAUCCCCGUCCACCUUCUUUAUAAAACCAUCCGACAUCCGUCUCUUGCCAAAAGCUAAUAUACAAAAGAAAAGAAAUAUAAAACAAAAAAAAUCUGAAAUACUUACGAGUGCUCAAGUGCGAGUGAGAACAAAAAAGAAGCGACCGCAAACAGCAAAAACCACAAAGACAAAGAAUAAUAAUCAAAAUAGACCCAUUUUGGCACAAACAGGUACAGGCAGAGAAGUAAUUCGCUGCCCUCUUUGCAUGGAGGUUUAUACUGAGCCUCCAGAUGAAGACUGGAUCCAGUGCGGUCGGUGCGAGGCUUGGUGGCAUGACGAGUGCACCGACUACCUUGGUUUUGGAAAUUUUAAAUGUGAUAAUUGUUUAUAA